AUGGCGACGAAUGAACCACGUCCACCGCGCAAGCGAAAGGUCGCAGAAAUCACCCCGCCGGACGUAGGUAAGUCGGUCGAAGAAACCAGCCGGACCUAUUAUGUUUUGGAAGAAGGAAGGUAUGUUCCUGUUAAAAAAGGAUCCGACGUCCCACCACCAGCACCAGCACCAGAACCAGAUUCAGAUGAGGAUGUUGAUCCGGUUCUGGAAGCAGAGUAUGAUCGUCAAAUUCAAGAAUCCGAUGGAUUUGAUCUUAACGUAUGUAUACCAAAUGGUUCGUUGUUCCUUAUAAAUUUCAUGAUCAUCAUGAGGGGCUCAAACUUUGGGUUGUUGCGGGUAGAGAAAUAUAAUGUUAUGUUCACCGGAUUGACGACUUACUUUAUAACUGCUGACGUUAUUGAUCCAUCCAGCAAUUCGUCUUUUGUUUUCCAAACGUGUGUUACGCAAACUUCGUGGCGCAACAACGAAGAUUUCAAAAUAGAGGCUGAACUUUGUAGGCUUAAACCCGAUACUCACGGUUCUAAGGCCGAGGUCGAGGGUUGUCCUUGGGAUUCUGAAGCAAUUCAUGAUUUCUACAAAGGUGGUCUGAAUUGGCUUCAGGAUGAUGCUUUGGUGCAAUCUAGUGAUAAGCAACAUCCUCAUUUGUACGAGCUUCAAGACACAGACAUUCGCGAAUAUGAUUGGCUUAAUAUGUAUGCUGACUACGCAUUUUAUACGCUGUGGGAAAAUGGCUGGAAAAAGCUCAAGUUUGCUACGCCUCUGGAGAUCAAAAAGGUCGUUGUACAAACUCAUGAAGCCAUGGAGCCAAAGGAAAUGCUCAAGGCCGGGAAUGUAGUCUUCUAUAUUAAUUUCAGGGACUGUGGUCUGACUGAAGAACACCGAGCGGUGGCAAGAAGAACCACAGAUGGGCAUCCGGCACACCUUUGUCUUGAAGUUAAGUUUCCGGUUGGGGACUUGUCGACCUGCUCUAUUGACUAA